UCUCCUCCUUGUCUCCACUAUAUAAACCUUCCCCCUUCUCUUCCCUCUCUCCUCACCCCGCUUUGAAAAGCUUAAGCACGUGUAUUACACGCAUUCUAUAAUCUCUUUUCAAAAAUUUAUAUGGAGCAGCGGAUUAGAAAGAAGCGAGUCCGAGUUGACUCGGACGCGUCCGAAUUUAACUCACCGGAGGUAAAGAGACUCAGAGAGGAUCUCUUAGACGAUCUCGACGACUCCGAGUUUUGCACCGCAACUCAGGAUUUCGACUCAUUCAUGAAGAGUUUCGAAGAAGAAAUGACAGCUUCGCCGGCACCGCCGGCAGCGGCAACGGUGACGGAAGUUGUGGAUUUGACGGCGGACUCCGAUGAGUCUCAGCCGGAGUUUGGGUAUCUUCUGGAAGCUUCCGACGACGAGCUCGGCCUUCCUCCACCGGCGGCGUCGGAGAUUGAUUUGAUCAGUAAUGAGUUAUGGCAACUGGAAGAGCGAUUUCCAAAUUACGACUCGUUCGAGUUGGGAAUCGCUGAUUUGGUGGACUAUAAUAAUGCUAAUAAUGUUUGUGAAUACGUAGCGUUAGAUGAAUUGUUUGAUCACUCGGAUCUUACUUUCGGGUCACCCGAUUUUCUAUGGAGACCCGAGACGUUACCGGCAAAAUAUAACUUGUAGAAAAUGUAAAUCUCUUUUUUUUUUUCCUUUUUUUUUCUUUUAUUUAUUAUUGUUUAAUUUAAAAGAUAAAAAGAAGGAACAAGGUACUACACAAAUUUUAUGAGCUGGGCUUCAUAAGAUCUGGAUAUAAAUUUUUAGCAAAAUAGUAGUCAGCAAUAUUUUGGAAGAUUUGGUUUUGCCUAAUAUUUAUCAUGUUGAAAAAGUGUAUUUGAAAGUUUUGAAAAAAUUAUUUCAAGUUGAACUCGAAAAUUAUGUUUUGAAUUAGAAA